CAUCAUUAGGCAGCAACGAACAUGGCCGAACCCCAGAGGACCAGGAGCGGGAGCAGCUCCCCGGGGGCUCCUGUUGCGCUCGACGACGACCACGGCCAGCCCGGAGGGGCGGCGCAGGAUCAGGAGGAGCAGCUGGAGCUCCGGCGCGGCCCGUGGACCGUCGACGAGGACCUCACCCUCGUCAACUACAUCGCCUGCCACGGCGAAGGCCGCUGGAACUCCCUCGCCCGAGCCACCGGGCUGAAGCGGACGGGCAAGAGCUGCCGGCUGCGGUGGCUGAACUACCUCCGGCCCGACGUGAGGCGCGGCAACAUCACCGCCGACGAGCAGCUGCUCAUCCUCGACCUCCACACCCGCUGGGGCAACAGGUGGUCGAAGAUCGCGCAGCACCUGCCGGGGAGGACGGACAACGAGAUCAAGAACUACUGGAGGACCCGGGUGCAGAAGCACGCCAAGCAGCUCAACUGCGACGCCAACAGCAAGCGCUUCAAGGACAGCAUGCGCUACCUCUUGAUGCCGCACCUCGUCGACGCCGCCGCCCGCCGCCGCCGCCUCGUCCAGGCGCAGCACCACCAGCACGCCGCCGCCGCCCACGGCCUGUCCGCCAUCGGGAUGGUCUCGUCCUCGGACUCCUUCGCGACCACGGCCGAGUCGUACCGACCAGGGAAGCUCGACAGCCUACUGCGCCACGGCUGCGCCCUGCCCAAGGGCGUGGCGGAUGAGAUAUCCCUCAUCAAGCUUGAUCUCGAGAAAAUCAUAGCUAUAUUCUCAAACCUGCAGGAGGACGACCAUGCUAUGAUGGUCAGGUGCUGGAGGAAGGAGGUGCGCGAGUUGUCAUACGACAUGGACGACUUUGCCGACCAGUACGAGCACGCCGCUGCCAUGACCUGUGCUAGAUCCAUUCGUGGCCGGGAGAUUACUCGGCAGCUCAAGAGCAAGAGAAGUCUCCCUUGGAUCCGGGAAAAGCUGAGGCAGCGCCUGUGGAUGGCCAACAAGAUCAGAGAAUUCAGCGAGCGCACACAGGAGGCACUUGAGCGCCACAGGUUGUACAACCUUGACGCCAUUGCUGGCUCUGCUUCCUUUAGUUGUACAGAUGAUGCAUAUCCCACCUCUUGGAAUGGCACGCCUUAUGGGGAAGAUAAGGCUUAUGUUGGUAUCGAUGCUGCUAUGGAAAAGCUCGAAGAGUUGCUGAUGAUGACCCACGAUCAAGGGCACCAGAAGCUUCAGGUUGUUUCCAUUGUUGGGUUUGGAGGAAUUGGGAAGACGACACUUGCCAUGGAACUUUACCGCAAGCUUGGGCACCAGUUCGAAUGCCGGGCAUUUGUGCGGACUUCCCAGAAGCCUGAUAUGAGGAGGAUUUUCAUCAGCAUGCUCUCCCAAGUUCGUCCACACCAGCCACCUGACAAUUGGACAGUACAUGGCUUAAUUUCCACCAUCAGGACACAUCUCCAAGAUAAGAGGUACUUGAUUAUAGUUGAGGAUUUAUGGACUACAUCAACAUGGGACAUUGUUAAACACGCUCUACCAGAUAGCAAUUGUUGCAGCAGAAUACUUACAACAACAGAAAUUGAGGAUCUAGCUCUGCAAUCUUGUGACCAUGACCCCAAGUAUGUUUAUAAGAUGCAACCGCUUGGUGAAGAUAACUCAAGAAAAUUGUUUUUUAGUUCAGUUUUUGGCCCUCAAGAUGAAUGUCCUCCAGAACUCAGGGAAAUUUCUCAUGAUAUUAUUAGGAAAUGUGGUGGUUUACCACUGGCUAUUGUGACUGUUGCCAGUAUUUUAUCAAGUCAGCCAGGCAAGCAAGAUCGAUGGGAUUAUGUCAAUAAAGCCAUAGGUUACAGUUUGUUGACUAAUCCUACCUGGGAAGGGAUGAAACAAAUCUUCGACCUUAGUUACAACAAUCUUCCCCAGCAUUUGAAAGCAUGCAUCUUAUACACUGGUUUGUAUGAAGAGGACAUUGUAAUUUGGAAGGAUGAUUUAGUUAACCAGUGGCUAGCUGAAGGUUUUAUCCAAGCAAAAGAAGGGCAAGACAAGAAGGAAAUUGCAAGUUCAUUUUUCGAUAGGCUUAUCAAUGGAAAACUGAUCCUUCCUGUAGAUGCAAAUAAAAAGGGUGAGGUUUUGUCCUGCACAAUUCAUCACAUGGUACUAAAUCUUGUUAUUAGAUGCAAAUCAAUAGAAGAGAAUUUUGUGACCGCAAUACAUCAUUCUCAAGCAACAACCACACUUGCUGACAAGGUUCGUCGACUGUCUCUCCAAUUUGGUAAUGCAGAAGAUGCAAUAACACUGCCAAAUAUGAGAUUGUCACAUGUUCGAACACUUGCCUUUUGGGGUGUCUUCCAGUGUUUGCCUUCCGUUGUGCAGUUUCGCCUUCUUCAAGUUCUAAUUCUCCAUUUUUGGGGCGAUAAGGAUAGCAUAAGUUUUGACAUUACUACAAUUUCAGAACUUUUUCGACUGAGAUAUUUGAAGGUUACAUCUAAUGUUACCUUGGAACUACGUACUCAGAUGAGAGGUCUGAAUUCUCUGGAAACACUUACAAUAGAUGCAAGAGUUAGUUCAGUUCCAUCAGAUAUUGUUCACUUGCCAGGCUUGCUGCAUCUAAGUCUUCCUGCUGAGACAAAUCUGCCCAAUGGGAUUGGCCACAUGACAUCUCUUCGCACACUUGGAUGUUUUGAUAUCAGUGGUAAUUCGAUAGAGAAUGUACAGAGCCUUAGCAUGCUGACAAAUCUUGAAGAUCUUCAGCUCACCUGUUCUACAGUACAGACAGAAAAUCUGAAUAGCAAAAUGCAUUUCGUGCUGAACUCGAUUCUAGGGAGCCUCAGUAACCUCAAGUGUCUGACUCUGGCAUCAAGAGCUCCCAGUUAUGCAAAAUCUAUUGGUGCUACGGGCAUGACCAUUUCUGGUGGCUUCAGCAGUUUGUCCUCUGCCCCAGCUCUUCUUCGGACUCUUGAGGUUUCGCCUCAAAUUUGCAUAUUCUUCUACACCCCCAAGUGGAUCGGACAACUCCGCGAGCUCUGCGUCUUAAAGUUUGGGGUAAGAAGAAUAGACAUGGAUGGUGUUGAUGUUCUCGGAGGAUUGCCUGCUCUUUCUGUUCUCACCCUGUAUGUCCAGACCAAGCCUGCAGCGAGGAUAGUCAUUGGGAAGACCGGAUUUCAAGUUAUAAAAUACUUCAGGUUCAAGUGCUGCGACGCUUUGCUGGAGUUCAAGGAGGGUGCUAUGCCUAAUCUCCGCACGCUGAAGCUUGCUUUCAAUGCCAACAGCAAUGCUGACCAACAGAGCACAAUACCUGUCGGCAUCGAGUACUUGUCAGAGCUGAAAGAGGUAUCUGCAAAAAUUGGUGGUGUUGGUCCUGAGGAAUCCCACAGAAGGGCUGCCGAAUUGGAAUUCAGAGAUGCCAUCAGGGUGCAUGCUAGAUUUCAGAGAGUCAAUGUACGAUGUGUAAAACAGAUCAUUGAAUGUAAGGAUGAUCAGAGUAGCGUAACAACAGUGGAGCAUUCGGAUGAUCAGAGUAGCGUAACAACAGUGGAGUAUUCGGCUGCCUCGGCCGGGACGAGCCUCCUCCAUACGACACGUGGGCUCCAGUGCGGUCAAGCCCACGUGUCAGUGGGAGCGAGUCCCUCUGGAGUACCUCUAGCCGCAUACCGGGACCGUCAAGACAACAUCCUAAGAGAGCCUCUCACACUGGCAAACAGUGACAGCCUCGCCGCACUACUACGACGAGUACCAGUGGAGGAAGUAGGGCCAGAAGUGGAUCGCCAAGACACAGUUCCCGAGCACUAUGCCCCCGGCCGCGGGCUCUGGGUCAUGGACCAGGCGGCGGCGUUGCCGGGGCCAGCGCCGGCGUUCGAGGCGCCGGUAGUGAUGGCGGACCCGAGGAAAAGGAGCGCGGAGUACCAGCUGGCGCCGGAAAGGGAGGCGUCGGGGGUCAAGCGGCAGCGGCCCCCGACCAGCUCCCGGGAGAACAGCGGCGGCAGCAAUGACGGCGACCACGAGCAUUCGUCCGCCGCGGCCGGGGGCAAGGGCGGCGGCCGCCGGCUCUGGGUCAAGGAGCGCGACCACAAGUGGUGGGACCGGAUGUCGGCGUGCCUGGGGGACGAGUUCCGCCGCGCGUUCCGGAUGUCGCGGGCCACCUUCGAGGCCGUCUGCAGGGAGCUCGCCAAGGAGGACACCAUUCUCCGCGCCACCAUCCCGGUCCACCAGCGCGUCGCCGUCUGCAUCUGGCGCCUCGCCACCGGGGAGCCGCUCCACCUCGUCUCCGAGCGCUUCGACCUGAGCAUCUCCACCUGCUACAGGCUCGAGCUCGAGGUCUGCGCCGCCAUCAAGGCCGUGCUCAUGCCCAAGGCCGUGCAGUGGCCCGAGGCCCCCGCGGACGUCGCCGCCCAGUUCGAGGCCGCGUCGGGGAUCGCCAACGUGGUGGGCGCCAUGUACACCACCCACAUCCCCAUCAUCGCGCCCAUGGCCAACGUCGCCGCCUACUACAACCGCCGCCACACGGAGCGCAACCAGAAGACGUCCUACUCCAUCACGGUGCAGGGCGUCGUGGACGCCGCCGGCGCCUUCACCGACGUCUGCAUCGGCUGGCCGGGCUCCAUGUCCGACGCCGACGUGCUCGAGCGCUCCGCGCUCUACGCGCAGCGCGGCGCCGCGGGGUGCCUGCAGGGCCAGUGGGUGGUCGGCGGCGCGGGCUACCCGCUCAUGGACUGGCUGCUGGUCCCCUACACGCACCAGAACAACAUGACGCGGGCGCAGCGCGUGUUCAACGAGCGGGUCGACGGCGUGCGCGCCGUGGCGAGGGACGCGUUCCGGCGCCUCAAGGCCCGAUGGGGCUGCCUCCAGAAGCGCACCGAGGUGAAGCUGCAGGACCUCCCCGUGGUGCUCGGCGCCUGCUGCGUGCUCCACAACAUCUGCGAGCGCGCCGGCGACGCCGUCGACCCCGAGAACGCCUUCCAGAUCUUCGACGACGACAUGGUCGCCGAGAACCCCGUGCGCUCGCAGGCGGCCGUCACCGCGCGCGACGAAAUCGCCCACAACCUCCUCCACCGCAACAGCGGCGCCGGCCCCGGCUUCCUGUUCAAAUGAAGAAGAAGAAGAGGAGGAGGAGAAGCAAGCAGCUUCAUUUCUCGGCUUCGGCUUCGGCUUCAGCACAGGCUCCGGGCUUGUCAUCUCGCCUCCACGGCUCCGUCGUCCCGAUGCGGGUGCAUCAGAAGCAGCCAGCGGCGGGUUCGGCACGGCGGCGACGGCGACAUCUCUAUUAUGAACUACUUGCAGCCUAAAUAAAAAUAAGAUUUCCAAAGAUUUUGUUGUAAUUUUUCGAAUUAAUCUCUUGUAGCUGAGCAGAAGUAUAUGGAAGAGAGAAACAUUUACAGAUUUAGCUUUUCCCUUUAAGAUUUAGCUUUCCUUAUUGAAAAAGCGUGAGGACCACAAAAUGUAAGGGGCAUGAAGAACUUGGGUACACGGAAUUCCUAUGUAUCUCUUUAAAAUAAAGGAUUGGACAUCCAAGAUUGGGGGGCAAUGUUUGCCUCACCA